CGAUCCUUCUCCACCACCCCAUCACGAUUCGCGACCUACAACCAAGUCCUCCGAGGCUGCCGAGUCGAGCAACGCGCGCGAAAACCUACAUCGCCUGCACUGGUCAACAGACCGGAGAUGAAAGGAGUCUGUUUACGAGUGGGAACUACAAAGCCGAAGAAGCCGAAUUCGGGGGAGAGGAAGGUUGCAAGAGUGAGGUUGAGUAGUGGGAGGGUUAUUACGGCGUAUAUUCCUGGUGAAGGUCACAAUGUGCAGCAGCAUUCGGUUGUACUCGUGCGUGGAGGACGUUCGCAGGAUUGCCCUGGUGUGAAAUAUCACCUUGUGCGAGGCGCGAUGGAUUUGGGCGGUGUGGGAAAUCGGGUUACGAGUCGCUCGAAAUAUGGCACCAAGAAACCCAAG